AUGCCAAGGCCCAAUUUCACGGUUGUGACAGAGUUUACCUUUGAGGGUUUCCCCAUUUUUGAGUGGCAUCACAGACUCAUCCUCUUUGUGUUCUUUUUGGUCUUGUACCUUUUGACCCUUGCCAGCAAUGCUAUCAUCUUGACACUUAUCCGCCUUAACCAUCAACUUCACAUGCCCAUGUAUUUCUUCCUGAGUGCUAUUUCUGAGACCUGUUAUACCAUGACCAUCAUCCCCCAAAUGCUGUCCAGUCUCCUCAGUCCUCAACAAACCAUCUCCAUCCCAGGCUAUGCCACUCAGCUCUUUUUCUAUCUCACUUUUGGUGUCAAUAAAUGCUUCCUGCUCACAGCCAUGGGGUAUGACCGCUAUGUGGCCAUCUGCCGCCCCCUACGGUAUUCAGUCAUCAUGGGCAAAAAGGCUUGUAUACAACUGGCAAGUGGAUCCUGGAGCACUGGCCUGAGCACAGCUAUCAUUCAGCUGUCUUCUGUAUUCAGCCUUCCCUUCUGUGAUGCUAAUCUCAUCUCCCACUUCUUUUGUGAUAUCCGGCCCAUAAUGAAGCUCACCUGUGCAGACACUACUAUCAAGGAAUUUAUUACUUUGCUCAUCAGUCUCUGUGUCCUUGUUCUGCCCAUGGUCUUGAUCUUCAUCUCCUGUGUCCUAAUGGUCACCACCAUCCUCAAGAUUGCAUCAGCUGAGGGCCGGAGAAAGGCCUUUGCUACUUGUGCCUCACACCUCACAGUGGUCAUUGUCCGCUAUGGCUGUACCUCUUUCAUCUACCUAAAACCCAAAUCCCAAAAUUCCCUGCAGGACAGACUUAUCUCUGUGACAUACACUGUUAUUACUCCUCUGCUCAACCCUGUUGUAUACAGCCUGAGGAACAAAGAGGUCAAGGAUGCCUUGCUCAGAGCUUUGGGCAGAAAGCCUCUCUCUUAG